UAGUCUUGGUAUUAUGGUUUCACAUAGUGAUGCUCCAAGUGUUAAAAGACGAGACUAUCGUAUUGCGUAAACAAUCUUUUCCUUUUCAAACUAUUCGUCAGUAAUGCGGAACAGUUUUAUAUAUGUUACGUAGACGCCCUAUCUUGAAUAGAUCUGGUGAAGUAUGAAGUGAUAACUUUAAAUUUAUAAGUUUAAUGUGAAAUGGUGAAUGUUGAUAUUGAUGUAGGAUAUGUAAGCUAGACAACAAUAUGUUGAACAGAAAUUCAGUUCUUUUGAAGAUUUUCAUAUAUUAAGUAUUAAUUGAAUUCACCAUAUCACUACAAGAUACUCACUUAACAGAAUGAAGAAAGAAACACAGCAUAUAAAGUUUUUGCUAUUAGUCGUAUUCGUGGCACUUUCGUGUGUCUGUGUAGCAAUCAUCAACGAUUUAAUGUCACCUUUAAGUAACCCUUUAUUAAUAAAUGGCGCCCACGUAAAUAAACGCUUUAUGCUAUGGAUGGAAGAGCCAACGCCAGAGACUCAUACUACUAGUCCGAAUACUCGAUCAAUUAGAUCAAAAACGAUUUACCCUAUUGUGUCACAGGGUUAUAAAAUAAACAACAAGGAUAUAUGCAGAGGAGUAGAAAAGGUGUCUGUGAUAGUUAUUGUCCACACAGCUCCGAGCCAUUUCCUACGUCGAGUCAGAAUGAGAAGUACAUGGCUUAAUUCUACAUAUUAUAGUCCAGAAAAUGUUAGGGUUGUGUUUUUACUCGGUUUAGUUCCUGAUUUGAUAACACAGGUUAAACUUGAGCAAGAAAGUAAAAUAUAUAAAGAUAUAGUGCAAGGAAAUUUUAUUGAUUCUUAUCGGAAUUUAACUCAUAAAGGAGUUACCGGAUAUAAAUGGAUCUCAGAACAUUGUAUGAAUGCUGAAAUAGUUGCAAAAAUAGACGACGAUGCCUUUAUUAAUUUCUUCAAAUUGUUCGAAGAUAUGUCAGAUUUGAAACACAAGAAAAGGACAAUGUAUUGCAACAAAAUCCCUAAAGGAUCAAUGGCAAUCAUCCGUAAAAAUACCAGUAAAUGGUACGUCGAUGAAUACGAAUUUAAAGACAUGAAAUUAUAUCCACAUACGUAUUGUAGUGGUUUUACAGUAUUCAUUUCUAUAGAUCUAAUACCCAUGUUAUAUCGUGCAGCUAUUGGAUCGGCAUUUUUCUGGGUAGAUGAUUUUUUUCUAUUUGGACUUUUACCAUCUCGUAUACCCGGUGUUGUUCACGAAGGUAUACGACCUAAUUUAACGUUCAUGCCAAAAGAGGCAUAUACUUGUUAUAUACGUUAUGGUAAGAACUGUCAAUAUCUUGUUUUUCCUGCGAAGGAUAGAGAGAUAAGUAAAAUGUGGCUAGCUAUGACACACGAUAGAAAACAAAGUAUAUAUGGGAACUUCUAUAUGAAUUUACCAGCAUAACGAAUUGUGGGUAAUUUAUUAAACGACGCAGACGCCAUUUCUGUAAUUUACAAAGUGAGAAACAGCAAUAAUCACUUUAAAUUUAAAAAAGACACUGUCAGCUCAAAUGGAUGAAAUAAGUCGAACAAGAUGUGAACACGACCGAAACAUGAGUUCAAGAAAUCCCAAAAUACAUAAAGAGAUAUUAACAAACUUUCGUGAAAGACCUGAUCAUGAGCUUCUUAAGAAGGAACUGCUCCCUUGAUACUAUUAUUACUCAUCGUAGGAUUUAACGAUUUUUUAGUGUGGACUAUUUAAAAAAAAGCUGUGACGUUGACUUAGCCAAGCUUAAUCUUACUAUGUGGAGUUUUAUCAUUGAUAUUUUUAAAAUGACACAUUGUACUUGCUUCGUAUGAACAAUCAUAUAUAUAUAUAUAUAUAUAUAACGAUAUCACCAUUUUUAUUUUAUUACAACAAUUUCAUAAACAUAACAACAAACAAAACAAUAAAUCAAUAAAUUUAACAGUA